CCGAGACUUGUAACUAAUGAAAUACCAAAGCUCAAACCUUUUUGCUUCGCUUAAAAUUCAAGCACACAAAAUACUGUUGCCAUUUUCCUAUCAAUCAACCCUGGAAUACAACACCAAGAAAUUCACAAGGGAAAAGAAGAGAGAAAAAUCACUGUAAGAGUUAGAGAUAGAGAGAGACAGAGGAAAAAAAAUCAAAGCUCUUUUCUUGGCACUGUGAGCUGCUCGGUAUUUCUUUCAUCUGGGCAGUUAAUUAACUGCCUAAUACAGUUUGCCGCCCUUACUAUCUGGUUGCGGUUUGUAAGGACUAAGGAGACAAAAGGACAAAAGAGAGGGUUUUGUUUUGCUACGUUUGAGUAAUCUCCAGGGGCAAAGGGUUGCCUCACGCUUUUCUCUUUGCCCUUUUUGGGUUCCCUAAGCAGAAAGUAGAGUGUAGUAUAGCUUUUUGGGUUCUGGCAGGCAGAUAGAUCCAACCAUUGCUACUUUCUGGUAAAUUUUCCCUUUCUUCUCCUAUACCGUCAAAAUUGUUUCUUUUCACAUUCUUGCUCUUUGGGUUUGCUUGUGGUUGCGGUUUUGGUACUUGGGUUUUUGCUUAAAGUUGAGUUGUGGAGAUCUGAAAGAAGUUCAUUUGUGUUUUGGAUUGUUCGGUGCAGGGAAAGAUAGAUAAUGGAGCGUCCCAAAGGAUUCUUCUCUACACUCUGGUCAUUCAUAAUCUUUCUCCCUAUCUUCAUUGGACUGCUCAUUCUGGGUAUCAUCAAGGGUGUCAUUUUGUGCCCAGUGAUCCUCAUUUUCAUGUUGAUUGGAAACUUUGGUAUCAUAUUGAGCCUCUGGCCCUUUCAUUUCUACUGGACAUACUAUUCCAUUUUGAGAUCUAGACAACUGGGACCAUUUGUGAAGCUUCUUCUUUGCAUUUGCUUACCGACCGUCUUAAUUUUAUGGCCGGUGUUGGGCUUUGCUGGAAGCAUUGUCGGUGGAGCAUUAUAUGGCUUACUCUCACCAAUAUUUGCCACUUUUGAUGCUAUUGGAGAAGGGAAGAGCGAUAAGUUCUAUCACUGCUUCGUUGAUGGAACUAUAGACACCGUGAGUGGUUGUUUCACCAUUAUAAGAGACUUUGGUGAUGUGUGCUAUCAUUCUUAUUCCUCACUCAUGGAUGAUCUUCAAAAGAAAGGUUCUGAAGAUGGAAAGUACUAUGAGAUCAGACUGCUUCAGCUCCCUGGUGCUCUAAUUGCUGGUGUGCUAGGUGUCUUGCUCGACUUCCCCAUGGUCUCUUUCAUAGCCUUAUGCAAGAGCCCGUAUAUGUUGUUUAAAGGAUGGCAUCGUCUGUUUCAUGACCUUGUUGGUAGAGAAGGCCCUUUCUUGGAAACAAUAUGUGUCCCAUUUGCUGGUCUUGCUAUCUUGCUCUGGCCACUGGCUGUUGCUGGAGCUGUCUUGGGAUCCAUGGUGUCGAGCAUCUUUCUCGGUGCUUAUGCUGCUGUGAUUGUUUAUCAGGAGUCCUUUUGCUAUGGACUUCGAUACGUUGCAGCAUCGUUAGCCAUCUAUGAUGAGUACAGUAAUGACAUUCUUGACUUGCCAGAAGGAUCUUGCUUUCCCAGGCCGCAGUACAGGAAGAAAUCCGAAGGUACUUCACGCUCGGCCUCAUUAACGAGGCCCGCUUCAUCGUUCAAGAAAUCUUUCUCGCGCACCAUUUCAUUCACUGGCCCUCUGGUUGAUGUGAAGCCAUUUGAGCUCCUCGAGAGCUGGUUUCAGAAUUGCCAGGUCCAUGGGGAGAAAUUUUUAUCCGAAGGACUGAUAACUCAGGAAGAUGUCGAAGAUGCCAAGUCUGGUAAAGGAAGUCGAGUAAUUAGCACUGGGUUGCCAACUUACUGCCUUCUGCAAGCUUUGUUGAGAUCUGCCAAGGCUAACUGUGCAGGCAUUUUGUUGAGUGAUAAUGUGACCGAGAUAACAAGCACAAACAGGCCGAGAGAUGCCUUCUUCGACUGGUUUCUUAACCCAUUCUUGGUCAUCAAAGACCAGCUUAAAGCCCAGAACCUGUCCGAGUCAGAAGAGGAUUACCUCUGCAAGUUAGUGCUGUUGAAUGGUGAUCCUGUCAAGUUGAAAACUUCAUAUAUCGGGCCACCACCUGAGACUGAGAGAAAGCGUGCUGAACUCGAUGCACUGGCUAGAAGGCUACAAGGUAUUGUGAAAUCGAUCUCAAGGUUCCCAACGGCUAGGAGGAACUUCCAGAACCUUGUCAACAACCUAUCAGAGCAUCUUGCCAGGAAGAGUGGCAAUGGUAAUGGUCGAAGGAAGUUUGCUCGAUCAAAGAGUGCAUUCGCCAGGAUCUUCAGCCAGAGAUCUGUUGUUAAUGGGAAGCCAAGUUUCAGUCACAGUUCUGAUUCGGAUUCUCAACAGGCUUCUGCUUCUAAGGAGGUAGAGAUUGUAUGAUGGAUGACCAUGAUGGGGUUAGCUGAUAAAUAACCAUACAUAAUUAGUCAACCUGUUAACUGUAUAUUUCUUCAUGGGUGCUUCAGAAAAUUUUAUUCAGACUUGUUUCAUUAUGGUUCCAGCCAAGCUACUAACCCUUGUGUUUUGAUUAGGAGAGGCAACAUAAAUGCAGAUAUUGUAGAUAGAUUAGUUUACCCCUCUCUCUCUCUCUCUACUGUUUUCUGAAUGUAACAAAAUACUAUGUUGUAAAAGUCAAACUAUUUGAAACAGAUUUGAGGACAGACAAUGCAAGCUUCAUUACCAUGUUCCAGCUUUGGAUGCUAAGAUUUAGCACCUUUUCUCAUCAUUUUUGCUUUUUCAUGGGAUUAAUGCUAAUUUUGGCUAGGGAUGGCAAUUUCGACCUGACCUGAUUUACCCGACCUGUUUGACCUCUUUUGGGUGGGUCAAACCCGCCCCGUAGGCGGGGCGGGGCGGGCAUGGGUAUAUCUCAUCGACCCGACCUGUCCUGACCUGCCCCAUUCUCGACCCGUUCUUGCCUAAAUUACAUAUAAUCUUAGUCAAAUUACUUAAGAUUUUCCUCUUAUUACAUUAUAUUUUAGCUAUAAUAAAGUUGUAAAUAAGUGAAAACCUCAAUUUCUUCAAUAAUUUAAUUACAUUUUAUCAUAUUAUGGUUUCUUUCUUGGUCUUUCAAUGAAAAGAACGAAUAUUUCUAAUGUUUUUCACAUAAAUUACAUACCCAUUGGAUCGACCUGCCCCGACCCGCGGCCCGUGAUAAAUUACCCGACCUGGACCCGACCUGCCAUGAGACGGGUAUGGGUAUCGAGAUACCCGCCCCGGACCUGCCCAUUGUCAUUCCUAAUUUUGGCUCCUUGAACUCAAUACUUUCUCUAAUGAACCCUUGAACUUUGCCUUUCACUUAAUUUGCCCACAAAGUUGGUGGCUUUUCCAACACCCGUAUUUAUUUUAAUAAAAUUUAACUGAGUUUAUGUUUAGACGUUGCCCUAGUUCGAUUAAUAACUUCGGUAUCGAGAAAGUUCGAAUCACCCUUAAGCCAGUUUAAUGAAGGGUUUAGUGAGAUGAACGAGUUGCUUACUUUGAGUGUCAAUGGUUGGAGUUGCUGGCUAGGCUCGUGGAGCCUACACUUUAUGAUGAAUUCUCUUAACUUUGAUGGAAAUGAUCGAGCUAUGAAUAAAAUGAACUCAUUCUAUAAAAUAAAUUAAAGUUA